AACACCAUAUUGCGAUUCGGUAAGGUAGGUUUAGUGCUUGUGGUAAGUUCUAUUAGUUAAUUUGGUGACCUUGUCUGAGCGAAGUUGCUUCCGGUCAUGUGACCCAGGAUUUAGUUUGUAUGUAGUUUGGCACAAUGUGAUGUUGGUUUCUUGAGUUUGCUGGAUGUAAGUGGUUUAUGUUAGCAGUAUUUACAGUUUGUGUUUAGUGUUGUUAAUUCAGUGUGGCUUGGAAAAAUCAGUGGCCAUUGAAAAGAUCGGCAAUUACGGAUGGAUGUGUUAAGUGCUCAGAAAACUGUCGUAACAGUGUAAUUUUAAUACAUGUGUUUCGCAUUAGUGAUCUGAGUACGUCAAGUUGCAACCACCUAAGAGACGAAGAAGUCGUUUUAAUGCCUGCAUUAACAGUAAAGAAUAAAUACAUUUUACGUGAUAUGCACAAUGCUCUAUUGUGUGAUAGCAAAAUUUACGAAACUAAAAGCAUUACGUUUACUUACAAGGUAACGUGAUUUACCUUAACCAAACUUCGGCCGUGACAUCUGGCUUAUGCAAUUUAGUAUCUGUGUUCUAUAUUUCGCCAGAGUACAGUGAUCGUUUGCUAUUAACGAGUUUGCUGAUCUGUGUUAUAUAACCGUCGUCAUUAGAAUUAUGCUUAAUCACAUUAUACUGUCUCACAGCCCAGUUAUUUUGACUCCGAUAUAAGACUGUAUUAGGCAUUGCUUAACAAUUAAUCGUAUGAACUAUUUAAUCAAGAGAAAUGAAUACUGAUACAGCGUUAUGUGAUUUUUAAUUGUAUAAGUGUAUUUGGUAGUAAUGCGAGAACUAUAGAGGAAUAACAGCAACAUCAAAAAGUUAGUAGGCUCUACGUGAGAAUAAUAAGUGACAUAGCGAAAGAAGAAUACAACAGGAACGAAACAGAAGAAGAGAGUGGGUUCAGAGCUGGGCGGUCAACCAUACCAGGUAAUAUAUUCCGGCUUAAAAAGGUAGUUGAGAAUAAAAUAGCUACAGCAAGAGAACUUCAUCUGCUUUUAAUCGAUUUAGCGAAAGCAUGUGAUAACGUACCUACCGCAAAACUGUGGCCAGUACUACAAGAAUCUGGCAUUAAUCAUACCGUCGUCAAAGCAAUUAAAACAAUUUAUAUAACAAAUCAAUAUUAAAAGUGCGAAUAGGAGAAUAACUAUCAGAAGGAUUUCAAUGCAACAAGGUUUUGAGGAAAGAUUGUAAUGAGUCUCCUACGUUAUUUAAAAAUCGACAUAGAACAAGCUUUAAGAAAAUGGAAGAGGAAAUGUCGAGGUAUGGGAAUAGAAAUGAACAACAAAAACUUAUGUACGCUACAAUUUGCCGAUGACCAGGUGUUAACAGCACAGGAUAAAGAAGACCUAGAAUACAUGGCACAGAAAUUGAAAGACGAAUACAUAGAAUUUGGGCUUAACAUUAACAUUAGCAUUGACAAAAGCAAGUAUCUCUAUGCACAGAAGAUUAAAUAAUAUUACCGGGCGAAGAAUACAAUUACCUGGGAAUAAAAAUACAUGAAGAUGGGAAAGAUACACAUGAAAUAAAACAACGAAUGUCGUAUGGUAGAGAAGAUUAAAUGGAAUUUGGUGGAGCAAGGAAAUUACAAAAACGAGAAACACAAAUAUUUACAACGCCAUCGUGAAGAGCAUAGUGACAUAAUGAUCAGAUGUGUGGAGAAUCAAUGAAACCGAAAAGAGAAAAAUACAAGCAGUGUAAAUGGACGUAUUAAAGAGAUCGGCUAGAAUCUCCAGAAGAGACCAAAUAACCAACCAGAGACUAAGAGAAAUAAUGAAUGUCUAUGACACAUUGAUGGAUAAUAUUAAUACUUAGGCGACCUGUUCUUCAGUGCCUUGAGCAUCUACGGGUCUCAACUUUCGUUGGCUUUGAUCUAUUAGACAGUUGGUAGGACUCCUUGGAUGAGUGAUCAUCCUGACGCAUGGCAUCUGUACACAGGACACCACAACACAGGGAGACACAGACAAACAUCCAUGCCUUGAGUGGGAUUCGAACCCACGGUCCCAGCGGCACAAGGCCCACGCCUCAGAACACGCCACUGUGACGGCUUUAAUGGGUAAUAUGGAAAAGAAACAACUGAUUUGGUAUGGCCAUGUAAAACGAAUGAAAGAUGAAAGGCUACCGAGAGCAGCGAUGGAACGGUCACUUCAAGAAAAGAAAAGAAGAAACGUGGAAGGCCGCCAAGAACAUGGGUUGAAGGCAUUAGGGCUUACAGACGAAAGAAGAAUGGAGAAGAAAUUUGGGGAUCGGGAGGCGACGUCAGACUCUGUGAAACCGAUUGUGUUUAUAAGUGUAUUCGUGGAAACAGAGGAAAAAAAGACUGUACACUGAACCUGGGACUACUGUGUGCGUGCUUCAUUGAAAUUAUUCAGGGAUUCUCCCGGCUGUACGAUGUGAGCUACGGCUGACGUCAUGGAGUCUGGGUUGAGCGACAGUGCUGCGAGCCGUCAGAACAGCGUGAGAGACAGCAAACGCUCGAGUUUUGCCAAGGACAGCUUCAGGAGUCAUGAGGGCAGAGAAAAUCAUGACGGCGGGUCAGAGCAGGAGUCCCGCGGGGGCGUGGCCGAGCAGGAGGUGUCUCCUCGCAUCCCCCGUAAGUUUAUCGCCAACUGGCGCCAGGCUUGCGACCGCACCAAGGAUCGAACCAAGGAACUGCUCAAACGGUGGCGUACCUUGCCCGAGUCAGAGAUUGCUAAUGCAGCCGCCGCCGCCAGGUCGCAGCAGCAGGACAAGGACCAUGGCUGGAGCGUCCAUGUCUGGGCCACCUGGGUGAGUCGGGUCCCAAGUGAAGAGGAAUUGCAGGACCCUGCUUCGUGCAGCUGUCUGUCACAGCUACAGAAGGAGAAGUUUGGUCAUUUCUUUUCCCACCUUCUUGACUGGGACAAAGACAGCCUUAUUUCAGCGCAAGACUUCGAUGCACUUAGCGAGCGCUUACGUCAUUUUGCUGACUGGUCUACAAAUUCAGCCGAGUUCCAUAUUCUGCGUGAAGUACAAAAUGGAUUCACUGAAACAUUCAUUGAUACAACCACAGAAGAACCGCAUGUUCCAAGAACUGCGAGCAUUGACCACUGGCUGGUGCAGUGGAGUAAGAUGAUGAACUCGGCACGAAACCUCCAGGACUUCCCCCUCUGGCUACAGUACUUCCCCAAGAUCAUAUUCCUUGUGAUAAACAAAAGUGGUUCAGGAGUGAUCACGAGGGAUGAGCUCCGAGUGUUUUACUCCUCUUUUCUGGGCUUCAGCACGCAGAAGGUCGGCGAAGUGUUAGAUCUGGCUUACAGCAACAUGACUUCAAAUGGCGAUCAUCCUCUUCGCUACCACAUUUAUCAUCUUUGUUUCGCAAACUUCCUCCUUGGCCGACAUCCACAUGGACCAGGACAAUUCCUCUUUGGACCUUUUGAAGGAAGCACAAAUUAUUCGACAAUGUUCCCAAUUGACUACAGUGCACUCAGCAGUCCACCAGAGGCAUUAGAACCUUAUAGCCCAAAUAAGAAGACCAACAGACGGUCAGUGGUGGUUUGAUAUUACGACGUAUAAUUGAAAGUGAUCUUGGUAAGUCACAUUUUAAAGCUGGAACUUGUAGUACUUACGGAAUAUGAUAAAACUCUCCUCAGGGCAUUUCAGUCUCACUGCAAUUACUUCUGUGGACUCGUGUGAAAGAGUAUUGUACGCCGAGGAACUGUGAUGAACACUAUAUAUAGUGACUGAAUCACUGCAAUGCCUCAAAAUACUUAUUGAAGCUGUGUCUUUUGUUACUCGUUGUGUUCCAAAAUGUGGCGCAAGAUUGUA